AUGCGUGGCUCUUUUUCCCUAAUUUUCUUAUUUAUCACAUGGUGCGCGGCGAUUCCGGUCGACUAUUUGUUGAGCUCAGCUGAAAAUGAGCCCGAGGUGCCUGUUGAAGAGGUGAGAUUUGAAAAAAGCGCGAAAUUUUGAGCCAGAGAUCAUGUUUUUUGAGUGGAAAUGACGUGGGGGACUAGUUUUCCGCUUGGGGACUAGUUUUGGUUUUCUAGGCCAUGAAGUUUAUUCUUUGAUAGAUUACAUUCUCAACUCCUUGAUCUACUCAUGGCCUAGAAAUGCAGAGGGACGAGUUUUUCCUCGUCCCCCGCGACUUCUAGGCCCCAAAAAUAUGUCUAUCCUCUCAUAACCUGAAAAUUUUCGAGUCACAAGGUCAGGGGAUCGAGUCCACCCCGACGCAAACAAUUUUUGUCUUCCAGAUCGAUCUUUUCAAAACCGAACGUCCACUAGGCCACGUCAGCGGCUUGGCAAUCAAUAAAGACGGAAAUCUGGUCGCUUUUCAUCGUGGCGAUCGAGUUUGGGAUGAGAAGUGAGUUAGGCCGCGGCCGAGAAAACCAAAUUUAUUUUCAAAAUCUGAUGUAAGGCGAUGGGUCCACGUUUUUUCCAUUAUAUUUGUAGGGUUUAGCAGAAGAAGUUAAUAUGAGCAAUAUGUAUAAUAUGAGCAAUGCUAGUUUUUUCAUUUUUUUUGCUGAUCUACAUAUUUUUGAAGACUCUUUUUAUAGGAUUUUUAAAAUAUUUCCAGACACAUUAAUUUCUUGAUUUUCUGUGGGAACAGGGAAGGAGAAUGGCCUAGAAAUCUAAAUUUUGGAUUUCUAGGCCAUUUCUCGCCUAGGAAGCCUGAGAAAGCUUGAGAUAAUUUCAAUAUUCAAAAUCGGGGACUAGAAAUCCAGAUUUGGAUUUCUCGUCCCUCUGAUUUCUAAUAGAAAUUUCAAAAUUCAAAAUCGGGGACUAGAAAUCUAGAUGUGGAUUUCUCGUCCCUCUCGAUUUCUAGUCCUCCAGUAGACCAGGAAACCUGAGAUUUUUGCUGAUAAUAUGGGAGCUUGAGAAUUCAGAAUUUAAAAAUUCGAAAUCGGGGACUAGAAAUCCAGCCUUAGAAACCUCGUCCACCUUAGUUCUAGUAGAAAUUUCAAAAUUCAAAAGCGGGGACUAGAAAUCCAGAAACGGAAUCCUCGGCCCUCCGGAUUUCUAGUCCUCCAGUAGACUAGAAAGAAUGAGAUUUCUGCUGCUGAUAUCGGAGCUUCAAAAUUCAAAAGCGGGGACUAGGAGUCCAGAAACGGAAUCCUCGUCCCUCCGGAUUUCUAGUCCUCAAGUAGGCUAUCAAGCAUGGGAUUUCUGCUGAAACUUCAAAAUUCAAAAUCGGGGACUAGAAUUCAUAAUUUGGAAUCCUCGUCCCUCACACAAAAUCCCGAAUUUUUCAGCAGUUUCAACGAUGCCGAAAUCUUCAACAAAGCUCUCCUCCCAAUCACCAACUCAACCCUCGUAACUCUCGAUUCCAAAACCGGAAAAAUCAUCGACGAAUUCGGCGCGGAUCUCUUCUACAUGCCGCACGGUCUCACAAUCGACAAAUCCGGCAACUAUUGGGUGACCGACGUCGGUUCACAUCAAAUUCACAAAAUCGACGGAGCCACCAAAAAAAUCACCAUGUCUUUGGGCGAAAAAAUGGUGCCGGGAGAUGAUGAGAAGCAUUUUUGUAAACCCACCGAUGUGGCGGUCGCCUCGAAUGGACACUUUUUCGUCGCCGAUGGUUAUUGUAAUAGUCGAGUGAUGAAGUUUGAUAAGGAUGGCAAUUUGUUGGCGGUUAUUGAGGCUGCGCUGGGUGAGAAUCGUGAUCUACGCAAAAUUUCACCCUAGAGCCAAGUUGUCCCGAAUCUCUAACUCAAUUUUCAUCCUAUGGCCUAGGAUCCGACAUAGGCUUUUUUGUCGGAUCCUAGGUCAUCAACCUUAUUUUGAAAUCAAAAUUCGUGAUCUACGCAAAAUUUCACCCUAGAACCAAGUUGUCCCAAAUCUUUAGCUCAAUUUUCAUCCUAUGGCCUAGGAUCCGACAUACGUUUUUUCUGUCGGAUUCUAGGCCAUCAACCUUAUUUUGAAAUCAAAAUUCGUGAUCUACGUGAAAAAUGAGCCUGAAACCAAGUUGUCCCAAGUCUCUAGCUCAAUUUUCAUCCUAUGGCCUAGGAUCCGACAUACGCUUUUUUGUCGGAUUCUAGGCCAUCAACCUUAUUUUGAAAUCAAAAUUCGUGAUCUACGUGAAAAAUGAGCCUGCAACCAAGUUGUCCCAAAUCUCUAGCUCAAUUUUCAUCAUAUGGCCUAGGAUCCGACAUACGCUUUUUUGUCGGAUUCUAGGCCAUCAACCUUAUUUUGAAAUCAAAAUUCGUGAUCUACGCAAAAAAUGAGCCUGCAACCAAGUUGUCCCAAAUCUCUAGCUCAAUUUUCAUCAUAUGGCCUAGGAUCCGACAUACGCUUUUUUGUCGGAUCCUAGGCCAUGCGAGCUAGAGACUUCGGGAAACUUGCUUCUAGGCUGAAAUUUUGCGUAGAUCACGAAUAUCGAGGUCUAGAAGCCUAGAAAUGAAAAAUAUAUUUUCCAGAACCCAAUCAACCCACCGAAUUCCUCAUUCCUCACUCAAUUGCGCUUAUUGAAGAUUUGAAUAUUAUCUGCGUCGCUGAUCGGUUAGUUUUCAAGGAUUACCAAUUGGAAAUUUGAAAUCUACACGAAAUUCUGGUCUAGGAACAAGUUAUCGCAAGUCUCUAGCUCAAAAUUGAGGUGGUGGCCUAGGAUCCGACAUACUGUGUUUUGUCGGAUCCUAGGCCAUGCGAGCUAGAGACUUGGGAUAACUUUUGUCUAGACUGAAAUUUUGCGUAGAUCUCGAAUUUUCAGGUUUUGAGUAGCCUAGGGAUCCAGAAACCGGAUUUCCAGACUUAAAAAUCUUGAAAAUAGGAUUUUUUCCAGUGAAAACGAACGUGUUCAAUGUUUCUCAGCUGGUUUAUCCGAGGGAAGCCGAAAAGUCCCGUCUGGAAUCCCAAUCACCACAGCCAAUGAUAUUGGACGAGUUUUUGCCAUUAGAGAGAAAGGUUUGUCAGAAAAAUUCGGAUUUGAGGGUCUAGAAGUUUUCUAGGCCGCGCAAGACCCGGAAAAUCGAAUUCCUCGCGAAAUUCUAGUCUAGAAACAAGUUCCCCGAAGUCCCUACCUCAAAAUUUACAUGGUGGCCUAGGAUCCGACAAAAACUUAUAUUUGGUUUUCUAGGCCACCCGGUGAUUCAAAAGCUCGUAAUUCAUGAUUCUUGUGCAAUUUGGGUCUAGACACUGGUUUUCCGGGUUUUCUAGCUCAAUUUUGAGACCGUGGCCUAGGAUCCGACAAAAACUUAUAUUUGGUUUUCUAGGCCACCAGGUCAAUUUUCAGCUAAUUACUUGAAAUUAGGCUAGUUUUCAAAGUAGAUAAUGAAUUUCUGAGUGGCCUAGAAAACCGAAAAGCACUUUUCUAGGCCAGGUUUGGUUUUCUAGGCCAUAUAGGUCAAAAGUUCCAGAAAAAACUUUUCCAGGGCAGAAUUUUGCGUGGAAUUCGAAUUUUCAGGUGGAUUUCAAGGAUUUCUUAUUUCAGAACACUUUUUGAUGGGUGUGACGGGUAGUAGUGCGGACGUCGAAGCGCAAAUGUUCACAAUCGCCGUUCAAACCGGCGAAACACACACUUUUGCCAAGGUGAGUUCAUGAAAGUCCCCAGAAAUUCUUGGAAAAUUCGAAAAUCCCAAAUCUUCUCAUUAUAAUCCUCUUUUCGGAUGAGAGUUUCCAUAGAAACCGCGUGUUCAAAUAAAUUAUUCAUUUUUAAGCCAGCUGCAUUGGAAAUAUGUGAAAAAUAGGGAAUUUCAUGACGCAAACAGCAAUCUGUGACUAAAAAUUCGUGAUCUAUGUGAAAAAUGAGCCUGCAACCAAGUUAUCCCAAGUGUCUAGCUCAAAAUCGAUGUGAUGGCCUAGAAAUCCAAAUAUCAGUUUUUGUCGGAUCCUAGGCCAUCAGCCUUAUUUUGAAAUCGAAAAUUCGUGAUCUACGCAAAAAAUGAGCCUGGAACCAAGUUGUCCCAAAUCCCUAGCUCAAUUUUCAUCUCAUGGCCUAGAAAUCCAAAUAUAUGCUUAUUGUCGGAUCCUAGGCCAUCAUCCCAAUUUUGAGCAAAAUACAUGUUUCCGGGCUGAUUUUUCACGUAGAUCACGAUUUUGGGGGUCCCAAGUCCACCCGAAACCUUCGAAAUCACAUUUUUUUGCAGGGAAUCGAAAAUGCGCAUGCUUUGGCAAUUUCCGCCGAUGGAAGUGUCUACGUGUCACAAUUGGCGCCAAAUCGAAUUUUGAAAAUCUCACCUUUCUAA